GUUUUCUAUUUCCAACGUCAGGAGUUUCAGGUGCUGUGAGUGUGGCCUAUUACUUUAUUAAGGAGCUAGUGUAGUUACAAACUAAAAAGCUGUUCUAUACGAGUGAAGCUCAAUAAAGUUGAGUGCGCGACAUUCAUGUCGAGAUCGCAACUCGGUGUAAGAAUUUUUUGUUCUUCUAUAUAAUUUGCGCUUGAUGCAACCGUAACUGGUGUUCUACUUGAGUAAAUGUUUAUUUUCGCGAAACAUGUUUUGGGGGUCGACGUUUUCGGCGCGCAAAAGGGCGGCGAGGGAGAUGGACAGACCUUUGUGGAAAAACGCGAAGAAGUGGACCAAAUUCUGUUCUUUUUCGAACAGGACGCAGAGCGGCAUGAGGGAUUUCUAUCCUCUUCGGAGGACGAAGAUGCCAAGCUUGGGUCCUCACAAGAUAGAAAACCCGUUCAAAGCGUCGGAACGGGCGACGAAAAGGCUGCAGCCUCCAGUACGACCUUGUUGACAUCACUGAGCCUGGCGCAAAAGGAAUCCUCAACCGAGCUGGCUGACAAGAAGGUCCCGGAUCAUCUUUUGGCUGACAAAUCAAGAACUCCUGCGUCCUCAAGUAAGGGGCCUCGCUUUUCGCGACGACGCUUGGAAGAGUUGCGCGUGGCUUACUACAAUGCAGUGAACGCAGCGGAUUUUAGCGACGAGGUGAUCGCACAGUUAGUCGAUUUUGAGCUCCUGCCAGGGAAGAAGCUUCAAGCACGGUUGCGAGGCACGUUGUUGCCGCGUUUGCGGGAACGGCGGUCGGCAGUCGAUGGCGCAAUGCGCGAUCUGCAAUCUGCAAGUGUUGCGAGCCCCACUUAUGUCACAGACGUGCGUCACGCGAUGCGAAUCCAGGAGGCGCUGGUAGAGACACAGAGUGAGAUCGCUGCAUACCUUGAAUGCGCAAGGGAGGAGAUCAUACCGGAGUUGAAUACCGGCUGGGAACUCCUGCGACAAUUCAGCAACGCCUUACAAGCGUUGAGUCCCGGAUCUGGGAAUCAAGAAGUUAAGACAACUUUCGCCUCAGAAUUUGCGGAACGAAGCAAAAACGACACGUCUGCUCUUCGUUGGGCAGAAGGAGCUUUCGAUUGUGCCUUACUAACUGGAAAUGGGAGAAGAAGUUUGGGUGGAGCUGCCGGCUGCCGUGCCUCCAUGAAUGCUACAAAUGGUGCUGUUGGAGGAAAACAAGGCCCAACGCUGGAGGAGGAGAGAGAAUUUGCCGCAGAACUACUGGCUGAAGCGUUGCGGCCAGGGUCGCCAUUGCUGCUUGCCGACGACGGCUUGCGGAGUAGUCUCUUCGCGUUUUUACGAGCCCUGGGCGCCAUUUUGGAUUCGUGGGCACUGAAGCUGCACAGUGAAACACAGAGGUGGCUGAACCGUGUUCGCCUAGACAUUGGUGACCGCAAAGCGAAACGGAACUUAAAUGAACGGAAACGAAAAGAUUUAGCGGAGGAAUUGCGUCCUUUAAUCCAAAACGUCACUCUCCGCCGGUUUCUGGCCAAACAAUCGACUUCGGAAGAUGGACUUGAAAACAGUUCUUCUGCUUGCGGCGUUGAAAAUAGUGGUCAGGCUUCUAGUGGCACAGCGAAUUUAUUGAUAAGACAAAACGCAGGCGAGCAUGAAGAAAAUACAGGAGGUGUUGGACAGAGUUCUUCUAGAGCAGGACAAGGUAGCACUGUCAGUAGACGCAGAAGACACUACUCUGAUGAGGAGCUUGCCAGACUCAUGAGGGAUGAUGAACCUGAUUAGAAAUACGCGUUUAUUGGUGUUGGCAGUGGACUUCAUGAAAUUACUCGAGCUUCAUUCGUUGAUGAAGUUGAAGAGCGACGCUUCCCCUUGUCAUCUCUGCAGCCCAGUUUUCUCAAUUUUCUAUAGACAACCAGUGUGAUAACG